AUGUCGGUGGAGGGUAGUGAAGACCCGCAAACGGUAUCAGGUGCCGGACAAGGGGAGUGGCACUCCCCUGCUAAUGCUGAGGAACAGAGUCAACCCAUGCCUGCAAGGAAACGAGGCCUUGCCCGCGUCCAGCCACUCACCAUGACGGAGAUAGGCAUUACUCUGAUUGACCUACAGAGCGAGAUAUAUGCCCUAAGAAAAGAGCAGAGGGACGAGAAAGCCAAGAGACAGCAACAGAUUGACCGAAAUGAGGCCAUGUUCAAGGAUCUGGUCGAUGCCUACAUGGGGAUAACCACCACCGUCAAGGAACUGAAGACAGUAGUCACUAGCAGGAUACAGCAAGAUAUAACCAAAAUUCAUGAGAAGCUUGAUAAG